CGGCUCUUAUCUUUCUGCAAUCGCUACUUAUAAACGGUCACCUAUCGUGGCUUGCAUCAGUUCUGAUGGACCGUUGAGAGUGAAAAUGUGGUCUUCAGUGAUUCUUCUAACCGUUUCCGCUCUGCUGACGAGUGCCCAAAACGACUUUGAUGUGAUCCAAGGAUGCAAGCAGUACACCAUCAGUCGACCGUCGUACAACAGUCCCAACCCGUAUUACGCCCUGGAUCAGUUUCAGGAUCUGCAGCAGGUUGAGGUGGCUGGGUUGAAGAUUCGUUCGAUCAAGAUAGCUGUUAUUGGAAGCAACGAUGGUGUCAUUAGGCUAUCCCCAGUUGAACAACCCUACCAGAAUACUCUAAUGGAUGAAAUUGUUCUUUCCGGAUGGGGAAACACUCGUAACGCCGUUCGACAGUACGUUCGAUCCAGUCCGAGCAGAUAUACCAGGGCCGUGAUCCUGGCAAAUCAGCUUAGUGGUGGAAUCCUUUCGCCAUACAAGCCGUUUGUGUUCACCCUGUCAAUCGUGAAUGAUCAUCUGGUGGCGCUCAGCAAAAAUGGCGAAUCGUUGCCAUUCCUGCAGUACACCGAUGUGGGUGUAACGCCCAAGUACAUCGGAUUUAGCAAUUGGAAUGCCCCCGUUUCCGUGUUUUACGAUUGUCCACCUCCGGCGCUUCCAGCGACCACAACAGCGGUUCCUGACACUACUACUUCAGUGGCUCCUGUAACUACUACAGUGGGUCCAGCAACUACUACAGUGGAUCCUGUAACUACUACCACAGUGGAUCCUGUAACUACUACCACAGUGGAUCCUGUAACUACUACCAUAGCGGAUCCUGUAACUACUACCACAGUGGAUCCUGUAACUACUACUACAGUAGAUCCUGUAACUACAACUGCAGUAGAUCCUGGAACAACUACCACAUUGGAUCCUGUAACUACUACUACAGUAGAUCCUGGAACUACUACUACAGUGGAUCCUGGAACUACUACUACAGUAGAUCCUGAAACUACUACUACAGUGGAUCCUGGAACUACUACUACAGUGGAUCCUGGAACUACUACUACAGUGGAUCCUGAAACUACUACUACAGUGGACCCAGCGGAUCCUGGAGAUGGAUAAUUCAACUACCUCCGUGGAUCCGAAUUAUUGAUUGUAACUCGGGACCCUGGCAACCAAAUUCUACCAGUCUACCAGUUCUAGUUUUUAUCUACACUCAAAAAAAUGAGUUCGCGUAAACGUGAACAGCCUUCAUGCCAACGGGAACCAGGAAGAAAACUGUUCAAGUUUUAUAGUGCAUUGCACCAUGAAAGUGAACAGUUUUCUUCCUGGUUCCCGUUGGCAUGAACGCUGUUCACGUUUACGCGAACUCAUUUUUUUGAGUGUAUUCAGUUCAAGUGAAAAAACAGCACAUAUUGUUGACUGCGUUUAAACUAAAAUAAAGUUACAAAAAUCUCAAGUUGCUCUCAAAAGUCUUGGGAAAUAGUAUGUGAUCAAGUUGAAACAGUAAAAUAAAGCGAAUUUAAUAUAAAUAGAA